CUCGGGUCACUUGGAGUCAGAUCUCUCCGCCCAUACAGGAGGCUUUAGGCUGCCGAGCAAACACACACACACACACACACACACACACUGAACCAAACACUGGGGCAGGAGGAGGCAGAGGGGAAGAAACCUGCUGCGCUUCUCCUCAGGCAUCCUGAAGGACCACAAACCCGCCUUUUACUGCGUCCCCGCGGCCCAGGACAGCAGACAGAGCGGACACAGGGGACACACCUGAGGAACUCCAGGCUGUAACAGCUCCACGCGCCCGCGGGAAAUAAGCAGAAAAGUCGACAUGACCACAACGCUGCUGCUUGAAGUUUCUUGAAAUGGUUUCUGCCGCAGGAUGGACUAUAACAGGACAUUGUGAAAAACAAUGUUUUGCAUAAAACAUAGCCAGAGCUCGUUUCAGCCCAACUCUUGGACCCUCACCCGGAUGUCUAUAAGGGUCCAGAAUGUUUGUAUGUUUCCGGCGGAUCAGAAAAUGCCAAUUAAGACAGCUGAUUAUGAUGUGCUUUUUGUUAUCAGUGAUCAAGGUGUACUGGGAAAGUCUUGACAACAAUGUAACGAGUCACGUCAAAUCCUACUCUUUCCGCCUGCUCAACAGUUUAGACUUUAUUAGUGCUAACCUAACAAUCAGUCAAGAGGAAGCGCGGAAGUUCAGCAACCACCGUUACUUGAUAAACCAUGAGCAGAAAUGUGUCGAGGAAGAUGUGCUACUCUUACUGCUUGUAAAAAGCUCCCCAGAGAACUUUGAAAGGAGGCACGCCAUCCGGUCGACAUGGGGCAACGAAGUCUACAUCAAGAAGAACCUUGGCGUGACCGUGAGAGUGCUAUUUGCUCUCGGCGUCCACCCUCAACCAACUGCAAGGAAGAGGCUCCAGCAAAAGUUGCUUCAGGAAGACGAAAUAUACCAGGAUUUAAUUCAACAGGAUUUCCUCGAUACCUUUCACAACCUCACGAUCAAGCUUCUCCUUCAGCUCGGCUGGAAAAAUGCCUACUGUAAACACGCACGCUUUCUCAUGUCUGCAGAUGAUGACAUCUUUGUCCACCUGCCUAACUUGAUCCGCUACUUGCAGGAGGUCGACCAUUCCGGCGUCAAAGAUUUCUGGAUCGGCAAGGUGCAUCGAGGUGCUCCACCCAUUCGUAAGAAAGACAGCAAGUACUAUGUGUCUCAUGAGAUGUACCCCUGGUCACUCUAUCCCGAUUACACCCCUGGAGCUGGUUAUGUCAUUUCCAGAGAUGUGGCCUCAAGAACCUACCAAGCUUCCCUUACCUUAAAUGCCUCCAUUUAUAUCGACGAUGUCUUUAUGGGUAUUUGCGCCAACGUCAUCGGGGUCUCGCCCCAGGAACAUGUCUUCUUCUCUGGAGAGGAUAGGGCCCCCAACCACAUCUGCAUCUACAACCAAAUGAUGACAUCACAUGGGCACGUCAAGGAUUUCCACGAACUUUGGAAACUUGCAACGGAUCCCGCGGUGCAGCAGGUUUCUUCUGGACUUUUUGGAAAGCUCUACUGCACCAUAGCUAAAAUCAGGCUUCUCUGUUUAUUACAUCCUGUAAAGACCUACCCAUGUAAAGCAGCCUUUUUAUGAGACAUUAAUUUGUAUGAAAAGCCUCCCUGUCCUUACUAUCCAUUUUAGACCAUUGCCUUUGUGCUCGGAGAAGAUCUUUAGGGUUUGCUAGGUCAUGUUGAAAUGAUUAGUAAACUAUGCAACAACGUCCGUACUCCUAAGUAAAUGUAUUUAUUUCCUUGCA